AUGGCACGGGAGCUUGAGGCUUUAAAAAACCAACGAGGGGAUGAAGGGGUGUUAAAGUCAACACCAUCCUCGAUGACCGAUGAGCCCUUCCGUUCACCUGAACAACCUUCAAAUAUUUCAUUCCGGCCUGUGUUCGAUGAAUCAGGAUUAGACCUAGAGAACUUUCAACUCGGAGCUUUUGUGAUUGAUAAAUCGAUGGUUGUCGAUUCCUUCAAGCUAUUUGCCUCGCUGUUCUAUCCUCAUUUCCCAAUUUUUGAGUCUUCCGUUACUAUUGGCUCUAUACAUCAAGCAUCUCCAUUCCUUUUCUGGACGAUCAUUGCCAUUGUCAUGUCGCAUGCGACCAGAUCAAUUCACGACGAUCUGUGGAGUCUUAUGAAGGAGCCUUAUGUCGCAACUCUCAAAUCCGAAAUUUUGAAAGCGCCCAUCCCACUCGAUACCAUUCAAGCCAUUUCAUACUUGAUCAUGUGGCCUUUGCCCUCCAUCCGGCAGAUUCAAGAUCCAACCUGGUUGUAUUGUGGAGUAGCCGUCAACGCUGCGCUUUACAUGGGUAUUCACAGCCCAAAGCCCGCUCGUUCACUGCGAGGUAUUGGUGUCAAGCCAGGGUCGAUGCAGGCAAGAUCCAAUACUUGGCUCGGGUGUUUUCUAAGUAGCGCCUCGCUCAGUAUAUUCCUCGGUCUUUCACCCCUUAUCGAUAGCACCACGGAUCUAAAUACGAUCGAAAAGUUUGUUCGAGAACCUUCAGUUCAACGAGAAUUUGCAUAUCAAGUCAUGGUCCACCAUACUCUUGCAAAGUUCACAAACAUUCUAGCGAAUGAUACGAACGGACCCAUCAAUCACUCUCUUGUUGAGCUCAUAGACGGCGAGCUGGACGCGCUGCAGACAAGAUUCCCUACUGACUGGACACCCAGGACUGAAUUCAACGUUUUGGUUGCCAAACUACAACUCUACACGAUGACCAUUGUACGAACGCAAUCCGAUCCUGCGUCUCACGAUGUCCUCCUUAAACUUGGUUUCUCCGCCGCUCUUCGAAUUGUGUAUCUAUCCAAGGAAAGUCUGCCUUACGUAUCCGAUGAGCAUAACGACCUAAACCCCGCGUGGCUCCAAAGGAGCCUUCCGAAGAACUACUUCCGAAGCUUGAUUCUUGCUGCUAUUUUCCUUCUCCGCUACUUUGCUCUAAAUAGUCGAGCUACGGCACAAGAACGCGAACUCGCUCGAAAUCACGUAAUCAUCGUUCAUGCCUACUUUAAGGAAGGCGCCACCAAUGAUACUCGAGAUGAGAGGCUAAGAGCAGCAGCUCUUCUUGAGCACUUGGGUCAACAACAAGCUGUUGACAUUGAGAACGCAAAACUCAGAAUUGACAACCGCCUUGGAGCGUCGUUACUCUUUGAUGCUAUUUCGGAGAGUGCAGAGCUUCGAAACAAAUCCGGCGAGGCAAGGGAGACUAUACCAGAUAUAGUUAGCCACCCGCAAAAGAACUCAUUCGAUACAGCCACAAAUGGAAUCCAACUCUCGGUUGGGCUUGAGAAUAAAAUGGUGGAAGAAUAUGAGCCAUUGGACUUUAGUCUCCCUCAGGACAUUUGGGGAGACUCACUUUGGGACAUGUUCGACUUUGGCAUAGCUCCUUCACAACAGUAG